AUAGCAGACAAUGCAUCGGGGUGGUACGGCGGUGGAGAGCGGUUCAAUGCGGUGAACCAGAAGGGCAACGUGUUGCCCAUGUUCUCGUUCGACCGCUUCACUGACGUCCCUGCGCAGCGCAGCUACAAGCCGGUGCCGUUUGUGAUGAGCAGCAGCGGGUACGGCGUGUGGGUGCAGUCCUAUGCCAACGGCUCCUUCAGCCUCGGCGCCAACGACGAGCCGGACGUGCUGGCCAUCCGGUACAGGGAGCAGCAGCUGCGCGUGGUGUUCAUCGCGGGCCCCUCGCUGCUCGCUGUGCUCUCCGAGUUCACACGCCUCUCCGCGCGCCCCUCCAUGCCGCCCGACUGGGCCUUUGCGCCCUGGAAGGGGCGAGACGUGCAUUUCAACUGCUCGCAGGUGGUGGAAGAUGCGGAGAAGCUGCGGCAGCAGGGCAUACCGGGGUCGGUGAUUCUGAUAGACAGCCCGUGGGAGACAGGCUACAACGACUUCGCCAUCAACCGCCUCCAGUUCAACGACCCGGAAGACAUGUUCUUGCGCCUCGAAGAGCUGGGCUUCUACAACAUCUUCUGGGCGACGCCCUUCAUCAACCGCGCCAACCGCGUGGACAUGCCCGGCAUCACCACGGGGCCCGCAGCCAUCUUUGACGAGGCAGACAAGAAGGGCUUUCUAGUGCAGCAGGAGGGGGGCGGCUCGCAGAUAGUGAAGUGGUGGAAGGGCGAGGGCGGGCGGGUGGACUUCACGAGUGAGGCAGCGGUGGCGUUCUGGCAGGUGGCCAUGAACGCCACACUGCAGUGGCCCACGGCGCGCGGCUUCAAGUGUGACGACGGCGAGGGCAACUACUUCCAGCCCGGCGCUGCCUUCCACGACGGCUCGCCCCUCUCCGUCAUGAAGACGCGGUACGUGGAGGUGUAUCUGGCGGCCAUGGGGGCGUUCAUAGACAAGUACCUGCAGGGGGACGGGGUGCUCAUGGCCAGGAGUGGAUUCACCGGCACCGGCAAGUCGUUCGUGUGGGCGGGCGACCAGCGCGCCAACUGGAACCGCACGGAGGGCUUCCCGUCGGUGAUCAUGGCGGGGCAGACGGCUGGCUUGUCGGGGUUCUUCCUGUGGGGCAGCGACAUCGCGGGGUACUUCGGCAAGACCAUCGACAAGGAGCUCUUCAUCCGCUGGAGCCAGUUCGGCGCGCUGUCCCCGCUGAUGCACCAGUUCGGGCAGGCCAACAACGGCCCAUGGGACUACGAUGCCGUCACGCUGCGCAUCUACCGCCGCUUCGCCCGCCUGCACAUGGUGCUCUUCCCCUACCUCAAGGCCGCCGCACUCGCCAGCGCCACGCACGGCCUCCCCAUCCUCUGCGCCAUGCCGCUCGCCUUCCAAGGCGACCCUGAGGCUGCCUCCCCGCAGUGGCAGUGGCAGUACAGGUUCGGCCCGGACCUGCUGGUGGCUCCGGUGUACGAGCCUGGGGUGACGCAGGCGACAGUGUACCUGCCUGGGGGCAGUGCGUGGGUGCACUUCUGGGCGCCCAACGGUGUGCUCCUGCAGGGUGGGGCAGCUGUGCAGGUGGCGGUGCCGCUGCAUGAGACGGCGCUGUACGUGCGAGCGGGGGCGCUGAUAGAGAGUAUAGAGGAGGACGUGGACACGCUGGUGCCGCCCUCCGACAAGCUGCACCCCGACGUCAAGACCAUCGGCAG